UAGAUUGUUCUGGUAUUUUUUCAAAUGUCACGUUGUCUCGAAUGGAAUUCUCGUCAAUUGAGCAGGCACGUACAACGUCAAUCAGAUGCAAUAAUGUUUUCAACCACAACAGGGUGCCUUUGGGCUGAUUGAUUGAUUGAUAUAGAUAUGCAGCUUUUCAUUAAAUUAUUUUGGGAUGUUUGUUGAAAUUGAUUGGAUAGCCCUCCCUAGAAGAUUUUACACCGACCACCACCGAAAGCCAAUGAGUAUAUUUCUAAAAAUGCUCACACUUUCUAUUUAUAUCUCUAUAUAUGUUUUUAAAAGCAUUUAUUCAGUGUAAUUUAUACUGUAUGAUUAAAUAGUAAAAGUUAGGUGCUGAACCAGAGAAUAUUUUGAUUGAUCGCACUUGAAGCCCCAAUGAAACUGACUCAAAGGAUGGAAUGAACAUAGAGCGGCCUGUUAGGGGAGGGGCCUAAUUCACCAGGUGAUCAUAGUGCUGUUGAUCCACAAUGACGUGUCUCGCGUUAAUCUUUAGCAGAUGAGACUAACUCGGAUCCUGAAAAUGGCUUAGCGUGAGUCCCGCUGAAGGUUUAGUUCAGGAUCAGUAGUUUGUCAUGUCUCUGAUGAAAUGUCAGUUGUCAUUGGGACUACUUUCACACGGCGAGAACAUGUUUUUUCAUAAAACCUCCAACUUCAGAAACAUUAGUCUGAAUGGACUCACCUCACAGCAGAUGUUUACUUGAGGUUAAAGCCAAAUACAAAAGGGGGGCUUGGUAAGAGAAGGGGCAACACCCUACUGUUGUUUUAUCGAUUCCUGUAAUAGUCCUGCAACUUUUCCAUAGUGCGAAUUAAAAAAAACCCUCAUAUUUCCAUUAGAAGGUAAAAUCAUGAUCACCUUCUGGUCGGCCCACAGCAAUUAGAGACAGAACUUUCGAUAAAUCUAAUACAGCAUAUUAAUAACGAAUAACUAUUAAUUAAUGGAUGUUCUUCAGAGGAGACAUAUGGACGAGACUUUGAAUACAACAAAGGGCUUCAGGAGAAGUCCAAAUUGAGCACACAGAUAGCAUCAGAUGACCAUGAGUCUAUCGCUUCCCAUGUCCCACUUUCUCCUCCGCACCUGCAGAUCUAGAAGGAUCCCUUACCUUCCUCCUUCCUGUUCAGAGGUCACGGCCCCUGAUUGUUUAAUCCCAUCAGGGGGGAUUGGUGACAUCAGGUCCAAUCCUUUGGCCGACCUCUCCCCCCCGAAAGCCAGCAGCGUGGAUCAGCUGGGAUGAAGAGCAGUGGGAGCGAGGGGAUCAGUCAUCGUGAGGAAGCGAGCGGACUGCAGGGACUCUUAGGAGCCAACACGUUUUCACAUAUUCCAGGAUCCCACCAUUAAACAGUCAGGAUGGCUCGGGACAUGUCAGAUAAGGAAAUCUUGAAAAUGGAGCUGGACCAAUUGAAGAAGGAAGUUAACACGGCCCGGACACCAGUGGCUGCAAACUGUGCACUGACGGUCGCUUUCGUCGAGGAGAUGGUGCCAAACGAUCCGCUCAUUAAGGGCGUGGCGGAUGACAAGAACCCCUACAAGGGAGAAAAGGGGGGCUGCAUAGUAACAUAGCACGCAGAGAUGCAGAGAAUAGUCAAACGGUUUUAUAUGCCAGCCCGGGUUACGUCGCUGUUUUAAUCCCUGUAGAACUCCGGUGGAUCAAAUGUUGCAGGUAGUAAGACGACUGAGAUCUGUAAAGGUUGAUUGCUACCGGGAGAGAGAGCCUUUUCCAUCACUGGAUUACUGUAUGUACCUGUUGAUAUGAAAAUGUUUCUUUGCCACUUUGUAAUUAAAUGCAAAUAGCUGUCCAAGGCUUUGACCUGACCCG